AGAAAAUUAAUCUCGAGGUUCGCAUUACUCAUGUUAGGUUUUUUGGAGAUUAAAAAAAAAAGAUGUUUCGAUUUAUUAUGCUCACUGGAUUGGUUUUACUGAUCGGUGGAUCAAUACCAACAGCUGCUCAAACAACAGAAACAACAACUGAACCCACGUCUACAAAUGAAACAUUACCUACAUCAGCAUCUCCAUCUGAAUCAACGACAACAGCUGAAACAACUGAGACAACAACUGAACCCACGUCUACAACUGAAACAUUAACUACAUUAACAUCUACAUCUGAAUCAACAACAAAAGCUGAAACAACUGAAACCAAAUCUACCCCUGUGACAGAAACAACAACGGCUCCAUCUACCACAACUGCACCAACAUCUACCACUCUAACAACAACAACUCUGCCAACAUCUACCACUUUAUCAACAACAACUCUGCCAACAUCUACCACUUUAUCAACAACAACUCUGCCAACAUCUACCACAUCUACCACAACUGCACCAACAUCUACCACUCUAACAACAACAACUCUGCCAACAUCUACCACUUUAUCAACAACAACUCUGCCAACAUCUACCACUUUAUCAACAACAACUCUGCCAACAUCUACCACUUUAUCAACAACAACUGAGCCAACAUCUACCACAACAACUGAGCUAACAUCUACCACUCUAACAACAACAACAACUGAGCCAACAUCUACCACAACAACUGAGCCAACAUCUACCACUCUAACAACAACAACUGAGCCAACAUCUACUACAACAACUGAGCCAACAUCUACCACUCUAACAACAACAACUAUGCCAACAUCUACCACUUUAUCAACAACAACUCUGCCAACAUCUACCACUUUAUCAACAACAACUCUGCCAACAUCUACCACUUUAUCAACAACAACUGAGCCAACAUCUACCACAACAACUGAGCUAACAUCUACCACUCUAACAACAACAACUGAGCCAACAUCUACCACAACAACUGAGCUAACAUCUACCACUCUAACAACAACAACUGAGCCAACAUCUACUACAACAACUGAGCCAACAUCUACCACUCUAACAACAACAACUGAGCUAACAUCUACCACAACAACUGAGCUAACAUCUACCACUCUAACAACAACAACUGAGCAAACAUCUACCACAACAACUGAGCCAACAUCUACCACAACAACUGAGACAACAUCUACCACUCUAACAACAACAACUGAGCCAACAUCUACUACAACAACUGAGCCAACAUCGACCACUCUAACAACAACAACUGAGCUAACAUCUACCACUCUAACAACAACAACUGCAACAACUACACCAACAUCUACCACAACAACUGCACCAACAUCUACCACUCUAUCAACAACAACUGAGCCAACAUCUACCACUCUAUCAACAACAACUGAGCCAACAUCUACCACCACAACUGAGCCAACAUCUACCACUCUAACAACAACAACUGCACCAACAUCUACCACAACAACUGAGCCAUCUACCACUCUUGCAACAACUGCACCAACAUCUACCACAACAACUCCAACAUCUACCACUCUAACAACAACAGCUGCACCAACAUCUGCCACAACAACUGAACCAACAUCUACCACUCUAACAACAACAACUGAGCCAACUUCUACCACUUUAACAACAACAACUGAGCUAACAUCUACCACUCUAACAACAACAACCGAUCCAACAUCUACCACAACAACUGAACCAACAUCUACCACAACAACUGAGACAACAUCUACCACUCUAACAACAACAACUGAGUCAACAUCUACCACUUUAACAACAACUGCACUAACAUCUACCACUCCAUCAACAACAACUGUGCCAAAGUCUACCACUCUAACAACAACAACUGCACCAACAUCUACCACAACAACAGCGCCAACAUCUACCACAACAACUGAGCCAACAUCUACCACAACAACUGAGCCAACAUAUACCACUCUAACAACAACAACCGAUCCAACAUCUACCACAACAACUGAACCAACAUCUACCACAACAACUGAGACAACAUCUACCACUCUAACAACAACAACAACUUCUACCACUCUAACAACAACAACUGCACCAACAUCUACCACAACAACAGCGCCAACAUCUACCACAACAACUGAGCCAACAUCUACCACAACAACUGAGCCAACAUAUACCACUCUAACAACUACCACAACAACUGCGCCAACAUAUACAUCUACCACAACAACUGAGCCAACAUCUACCACAACA